CCUCCGUGGAAUCAGUUAGUUGCAAGAGAAACUUACUCCGCGUCGGUCAAUAAAGAUGUUUGCAUUGAGAAGAGGCAAUAUCUGAUAAAAUAACAAUUUGCUAGGGUAUACAGAGUAAUGGAUGGUAAAUCGUUUGCUUAUGACAAGCUUUACGGGAAUUAUUUUAAUCGCUUUGAGAUAAUGUGAGCGGAAUAUAAUUUAAUUGGAGGGAAAAUGGAGAAUUUGAAUUCCACGGUGUCUGUUGAAAAUGCGGUUGAUAUUUCCUACUUAUUACAUCUUUCAUCACAGUUUCCACUUUAUGGAGGUUAUCCUGAAGUUUUUGGAUAUAUUCUUCCGCCGGUGAUAGUGUUGACUUUAGUCACUAAUUGUCUUGUUAUAACAGUGUUGUUAAAGAAGGAUCUGCGCACGCAAACAAAUGUGUUACUUGCCGGACUCGCUUUCAGUGACAUGAUGUGUGGAGUGACACUAUUUCCGGUAUUCUUUAACUUUUUUACCCUAGGAAAGUAUGACGAAAUAGUGCCGUUUGAUUGGUGCCUCCCGUAUCAAGUAUUAAUAGUUCUAGCUUCAGGGUUUCAUAAUAUAUCUGUGUUACAAACAGUUGCUUUAGCAACACAAAGAUACGUUUUUGUUUGCGUGCCUAAAUUGCGUAAGAAAUUUGAUUUUUGCUCAUCUUUUAAAGUCAUAGUUGCAAUUCAUAUCAUUGGAAUAGUUGCUCAUACCAGCAGGUUUCUGGACACAUAUUUUGUUCCUGCAUUUCCGCUCUGGCCGACGUCACUUCCGGAUACUCUGCAAUCAAACGCAUCCGGAUAUGACAUAGACUCCGACACUCCUGGAUGCGUGACAAUGUUCCGUGAUUGGGUAAAGCCAAACCUUGAAUUAUACAUAAAUGUGUAUUUCAUAUUACGAGCAACAUGCUUUGGAAUUUUGCCUUGCAUUGUACUGACGAUCUUAACAAUCCUACUGAUAAAAUCAAUGACGUCACAGAGAAUGAAGAGGAGACGUUUAUUUAGAGGAAGGGGAAUAUGUGAUGGGCUUAAUCAACAAGACAAACAAAAUGUGAGGACAACUUUACUGUUGAUUGUGGUCGUUGGAAUACACUUAUUCUGUGAGAUUCCGAACGCUGUGGUUCUAUUUAUAGACGCUAUUGAAAUUGCAAUUAAUUUCUAUGAUGUGUCAGAUGCCAAAUUAAUUGUAAUAAGCAUAUCUAAUAUAAUGGUGAUAUUGAGUUGUCCAGUGAAUAUUUUCAUUUAUUGUGGAAUGAGUAAGAAAUUCAGAACAACGCUGAAACAAAUGUUAAAAUGUGGAUAGAAAA